AUGGCAGAUGAAAAUAUUAUUUUGUUAUGCACAUAUAGAGCAUGUAGUGCAGCACAUUCUAUAUACAAGUCAUUAAGUGUCCAAAAGUCUGAUACUCCUGGUUUAAAAUAUCGAGUUGACUGUCCUUUAGAAUUUCUGGAUUUAUAUUUUGCCAAGCAUGGUGCUUCUAAUAACAUGAAAUCAACUGACAAUAUACCAGUUAAAUUAAGUUCUACUUUAAACAAUAGUACAUACACUGAAUCUGUACCAAAUUGUAGUCUAUUUGCAUCAAGCUUGCCUUUUAUGACUGAACUAUCUACUAUAAAUCAUUUCCAAUCAACUGAAGACAUAUGGGUUAUAUCAAAUUUUAGUUUAGAAAAUUAUGUUUACAUUAAAUCUGUAUCAAGUUACAGUCUAAUUAAAUCUAGUUUUCUUUCUACAACUGAACUUUCUGGUCAACUUAAGACAAUAUGUCCAAUAUGGUUUGACCUUAAUAUUUGAUCAAUAUGGUCAAACCCAGUUCUAAUUUAGACAAUGGUAUACAACAUAAACGAUACGAAGACACUGAUAUAGUUAAAUAUCAAACAGAUAAUGAAUUAAACAUUUAAUUUGAUAAUAAUCCAGAAAAAUUGACUAUAGUGAAAAAUCUAUGUUAUGAAAUAGUUUCAAAUAUUUUUCAAUGGGGACUUUGUCUACCUCGUUUAGAAGACUUCCAAAAAAGAAAUUAAACAAAAAAAAAAUGGUCACUCAUUUACUACAAGUUUUUACAAAAAAAUAUUUCCUGAUGGUUCAGUGAAUAGAAGAGAUUGGAUAUCAUAUCCAAAAAUCAUAUGUUUUGUAUACUUUACAUUUAAUUUUCUGGAAAUGGAUAGCAAAUGCCUCAGAGAGCUUAGGCCAUGAAUGGAUUCAAUUCUGGUCUACAAGUUAUCAAAGUAUUAUUAAUCACAAAACAUCAUAUUCACAUAUCUUCUCAUCAUUACAAUACAAAUUUAGAUAAUAUACACUACCAUUAACUCCAGGUUGACUAAUAAAAAAAAAGAUGUUCUUAUAAAUAAAGAAAUCAUUAAUCAUUUGAUUGAUAUAACACUGUUUUUA